AGAAAAAAAAUGUCUGAGAGACAGAAACCACAAGAAGGAAUGGCCUCUGCUAACACUUCCUGGUCUGAGGAGAACUUUUCAUGUUCCAUCUGUCUGGAAGUGUUCAGCAGUCCAGUUUCCACACCAUGUGGACACAACUUCUGCAGAACCUGUAUUACUCAGUUCUGGGAUGAACAAGUCUGGUACAAAUGUCCUUUUUGCAAUGAGCUUUUCAACACAAGACCUGAUUUACGGGUCAAUAUCCUGUUAUCAAAGAUGGUUGAUCGGUUUGGAACGUCAGUACAAGUAAAAGAGCAGCCAUGUAGUGAACCAGCAGAUGUUCCCUGUGACUUCUGUACUGGGACCCAGCUGAAGGCUGUGAAGUCCUGCCUAGAGUGUUUUAUGUCUUUCUGCCAAACCCACCUGGAGCCACAUCAGAGAGUCGCAGUCCUAAAGAAACACCGGCUGGUCGAGCCUAUGGACCGUCUGGAAGACAAGAUGUGUAAGAAACAUGACAGACUUCUGGAGCACUUCUGCCAGACUGAGCAGGUGUGUGUGUGUCAGUUCUGCACAGAGACAGACCACAAGUCCCAUCCUGUUGUACCUCUAAAGGAGGAAUACGAAGUGAAGACGGCCCAGCUGGGGAAGAUAGAGGCUGAAGUUCAGCAGAUGAUCCAGGAGAGACAAAAAAAUAUUCAGGAGAUUAAAGACACAGUUAAACGCAGCAAAUCAGACGCAGACAGAGAGAUAGCUGAUGGUGUGCAGGUCCUCACUGCUCUGAUGCGCUGCAUUGAAAAGUGCCAGGAUGAUCUCAACCAAAUUGUUAAAGAGAGACUGAAAUCCACAGAGAAACAAGCUGAAGACCUCAUCAAAGAGUUGGAGCAGGAGAUUGAAGAUCUAACCAACAGAAGCUCAGAGGUGAAGCAGCUCUCACACACUAAAGACCACAUCCACUUCCUCCAGGCCUUCAGAUCCCUGAAGAAUCCUCCAGACACCAGGGACUGGACAACAGUGGAGGUCCAUCCUCCGUCAUACGUAGGGACCUUGAGGAGAUCCCUGGAUCAGCUGGAGGAGACAUUGAACAUGCAGAUGAAGAAACUGCUUGAUGCUGAAAUGAAGAGGGUCCAGCAGUAUGAAGUAGAUGUCACUUUGGAUCAUGAUACAGCUCAUCCCAAGCUCAUCCUGUCUGAGGAUGGGAAACAAGUACAUGAUGGAGGUGUAGUGAAGAAACUCCCAGACAACCCUAAGAGAUUUACAAACCGUUUAUAUGUUCUCACAAGACAGAGCUUCUCCUCAGGGAGAUUUUACUUUGAGGUCCAAGUAAAAGACAAGACUGCAUGGUUCUUAGGAGUGGCCAGAGAGUCCAUUAACAGAAUAGGUGGGACCACGUGGACCCCUGAAACAGGCUACUGGAUUCUUAACUACUACAAGGAUGUGUUGAUAUUUAUUGAUAAACCAAAUGUCCCUCUCCCUCCUAGAGCUGAGCUCCAGAAGGUGGGGAUGUUUGUUGAUUACGAUGAGGGUCUGGUCUCCUUCUAUGAUGUGGAAGCCAGGGUUCUUAUCUACUCUGCUACUGGCUGCACCUUUGCUGAGCCUCUCUAUCCAUUCCUCUGUCCAUGUAUCUAUAAUUUUGAAGGUAUAAACUCUGCCCCCCUGAUCAUCUCACCUGUCAAUCAAACAGACUAGGACUUUUGUUUUAUAAUAAAUUAAUCAACAACCGAAACAACUAAUAUUGUUUCCUGAAUUACAAUCUCUACUAUGUGAGAUCUGAGAGAACCUUAUUCAUAUCGUACUUUUCACUUAAUUUAACUGACCAAUACAACAAAUGAUAUGUGUAAUAUACAAAUAUAACCCAUUAUAACUUAGACUAGACUACACUAUUAU